AUGGAGAUCAUCAUUGUUGGCGCGGGCAUCGCAGGGCUGGCUUUGGCGGGCCUGUUGGGCCGCUCUGGACACAAAGUCACCGUACUGGAAGCGGCGCCUGCUAUCUCUGAGGUCGGUGCCGGCCUGACAUGUUCGCCCAAUCUGACACGACUCUUGAGUCGCUGGGGUCAUGACGCGGAGAUACGCAAGCACAUUGACGUGCUGUCCCAGAUCAGCUUGAGGCGAUGGGAGAAAGGGGAGUUUCUCGGCGCUGCACCUCUCAUGCCUCGGGUUGAAGAGCUUCACGGGGCGCCUCAGUACGUGGCACACCGAGCGGACAUCCACAAGGUUCUCCUGGAGGACGCCGCCACCGUGUCGGAACUUCGAGUCAACAGUAUGGUCACGGCCGUCGACUUUUUCGCCCCGUCUGUGACACUGAGCGACGGGAUAACUCUACGAGCAGAUUUGAUAGUCGGGGCCGACGGGAUGAAAUCUACAUGUCGAAGGCUUAUAUACGACUACCUUGGAAUGGUAGAUAAGGCUACUCCGACCGGAGACGCUGCUUACAGGGCAUGCAUACCACUUGACGAGAUCAACGAUCCCGAACUGCGUGAAUUUGUCACAGAGAGAGUCGCCACACGGUGGAUGGGAGGCGGUAGACAUGUCCAAGCCUAUCCAAUCCGCCAUGGCCAACUCUACAAUAUGGUCUUGUGCCAUCCCGACACCGACAUUUCGGAAGAGUCGUGGACUGCGAAAGCUUCGAAACAAAGGGUGCUCGAGAACUUUGCAGACUGGGACACGGGUCGAUUACAAAAGUUGCUCGACUUGAUCCCCGAGGACAACGUCUUGGAGUGGCGCUUGUGCCAACACGACCCCUUGCCGACAUGGAUACUGGGUAAGCUGGUCCUGCUUGGCGACGCUUGCCAUCCGAUGUUGCCCUACAAUGCACAAGGUGCCGCCCAAGCUGUCGAAGACGUUGCAGUCCUCCACCUCGCCAUUGAUCGCGUCAAGAAACCCAACGAUCUUCCCGCACUCCUCAAGGCUUAUGAAUUGGCCCGGAAAUCCAGGUCAGAGUUCAUUAUGCUGCAGAGUGGAGUGACGGGAAAGGCACUCCAUCUUCACGACGGUCCUGAACAGCAAGCCAGGGACCAGAAAUUCGGUUCCGUGUCACAAGGUGGUGACAAUCCCGACCUGCUGGGAGAUGCGGCCACCCAAACGUUCUUAUGGGAUCAUGAUCCCGAACAGCAUUUCCUUGACAACAUUGAGGCUCUUCUUCAAAGCGCCCACAGCCAACUUACCUCGAAUCAUGUUGUGGAGAGACCAAAUGGCAAGCUCUAA